AUGCAAAAAUUAUAGAAUUUUGAAACAAAAGAGCCUUGAAACUUCAUCAGAGGAAAUCCUGAGUUAAUCUCAGAGACCGGAAGAAGCACAAAGAACAGGGGAAAGAAAAUAUUAGCUGAGUAGGCUUGAGUGAUAGAUAUGAUAAUACAGAAAAGCAGGAGACUAGAAGAACAAAAAUUAAAAGAUCUUUACAGGUGAUCUUCGAAUGACUUAAGGUAGGCAGAGCUAUCAGAACAGAUGUAGAAGUGCAUUCAGCAUGAAACGAACACAAGAUGUCUUCAGAGGAGUAAG